AUGAGGGGAGGGAGUUUCAUUGGGAGUUUCAUACCGCGGGAGUUUUCUUCCUUCAUGCUGGUCGGAGUUUACAUCCCUCCUCAGGCCAACGCGAACAACGCACUGUGCGAGCUGGCUGACCAGAUCACCACCCUGGAGAGGAAAUUCCCGGACUCCUUUACAAUUAUCCUUGGGGAUUUUAACAGAGCAAACCUCAACCACGAACUCCCUAAAUACAGACAGCAUAUAGACUGCCCCACCAGGGACAACAUCAUACUGGAUCACUGUUACACCACUCUAAAAGACGCCUAUCGCUCUGUGCCCCGGGCAGCUUUGGGACAUUCUGAUCACUGCAUGGUCCAUCUUAUUCCAGUUUAUAGGCAAAAACUCAAACGUGCCAAGCCUGUAGUCAAAACUGUGAAGAAGUGGACUAACGCAGCAAAGCAGGAACUGCAGGACUGUUUUGACUGCACUGAUUGGACUGUUUUUGAAGCUGUAUCUGAUAACCUGGAUGAGCUCACGGACACUGUGACAUCAUACAUCAGUUUUUGUGAAGACGUGUGUGUGCCAACAAAGACCUUUUGCACCUCAGCCAACGACCCUGCGUCAGUGUGGAGGGGCCUGCAGGAAAUCACCAGCUACAGACGCCCCCCACCCACUGUUGAAGCAAACAAAGACCUGGCCAACGAGCUAAAUACAUUCUACUGCAGGUUUGAGACAGACAGACUCCCACGCCUCACCCUCCCCUCCCCAGAGACACCGCUUCAGACACCGACCCCCAACACACCUUCCACCUCUCCCCCCUUCACCCUCACCCUCUCCAAUCCAAAACCCACCAUCACAGGACUGAACGACUACAGACCUAUCGCCUUGACCUGCUACUGCUCACCUGCCCGACUGGCCGGACGUGGAGCUGCCCGGCCCAUCGGAGCUGUCAUCAAAAGGGAAGCAGCGAUCACGCCGCCGACGCCCAUCACCACAGCCGGACCCCGAGACUUCUGA